AUGUAUAAAGCACUGUCAUUUUGUUUCUCUGUUGACAGACAUUGCAUUGUAUCGUCUUAUAUUAGUCCACAUCAUAUUCUUCAUACAGGGUCCUGCAAAGUUGGGUUGACUACAGCAAAUGAUUGCUCUGAAGUACAGUCACGUGGUCAUGACUGUAGUGGGGUAUACACCAUUAAACCAUCAUCAACAAGUACAGUUCAGGUCUGGUGUGAUCUACAUACUGAUGGUGGUCGAUGGACUGUUGUCCAGCGUAGACAGGAUGGGUCCGUAGAUUUCGACAUGAACUGGGUCAGUUAUCGAACUGGAUUUGGUGAUCCACGCACUGAAUAUUGGAUAGGAAAUGAGAACUUGUUCGGCUUGACUUCAUCUGGCAAGACAGAGCUUCUAAUCUUGAUGGAAACCUGGAAUGGAGUUUGGAGAUAUGCUAGAUAUUCUGAGUUUUGGAUUAGUAGUGAGAGUGAUAAAUACCGAUUAGGACUGUCUGGUUAUCGGGGUACAGCAGGUGAUAGUCUUAUUAAUUCUUCACAACAGGCAGGAUGUCAGUUCAGUACUCGUGACAGAGACAACGACAAAUUCUAUGAAGGAGCCUGUACGGACUUUGUUAGCGGAGGAUUCUGGUACAACUUGUGCGCUAUGGCAACCCUCAAUGGGUAUUACUACACCUCUGCUGUAACGGGGGUUCCUACUUGUCAUUGGAACACAUUCAAAUAUCAAGAAUCGCUUAAGACAGUUUAUAUGAUGGUCAGAAAAGUAUGA